AUGGCUUCCCAAUUCUCUGUCCCUCAAGGCGCAUCACAAUCCAGCGCAGACAUGGCAUCCAAUUCUGAAAAGGUCGCCACAGAUGGUGGCGUCCAAGCGACAGACAAGAGAGAGGAUGUUGCCUCCAUGGGAUCCCUCACGAAUGGGUCCGUGAGCGGGAGAGCCCAGAUCUUGGGUGCGAAACCGGAGGAAAUCAUCGAAGCAGAGGAGCAUGCGCGUACGAUGGACUUGGAUGAGACAAAAAGACGCGCUGAAACCCUGAUUUACCUUCAUGAGCAUGACCCCAACUUCAGCUCGGAAUCCAUCAUUCGGAUUCAAGAAUUCCUGAGCAAUGAAGAUAUCUUCGCCAAUCCUCAUAAGCACUCAGAUCUCAUCUUAGACAUCAAGACCGAGAUUUCACUCGUCACCAUCAACUCACCCUACACAGAAGUCCGCGCCGUGGUAAGCAACAAGGACGACCCAUCAACACCAGCUGGAACAAUCCGCGCCUGGACCAUUGGUUUAUUCUUCGUGAUCGUGCAGAGCUUCGUGAACCAACUGUUCUCAGUGCGGCAACCGACUAUCCGACUCCAAGCACCCGUCAUCCAACUCCUGUCGUUUCCGCUGGGCAAAGCUUGGGAGAAAUGGCUUCCCGUUGGCGAGUUCACUCUGUUUGGCCAAAAGUUGCAGCUCAAUCCUGGAAACUUCAAUCAGAAGGAGCAUAUGCUGAUCUCGAUCAUGGCGAAUGUCUCGGCGAGUUUACCCCAUUCUCGAUAUAUCAUUUUCACAAGUUGGUUGAAGAAGUACUUUGACUUGCCAUUUGCCGCCGACUUUGGCUUCCAGAUCUGCCUCUCGUUGGCUAUGAACUUGCUGGGCUACGGUCUUGCUGGACUGGCGCGACGUUUCCUGGUCUACCCGUCAUUCUGUAUCUGGCCUCGCUCCCUCGCGACCAUCGCCCUCAACCAGAGUCUACACGAUGAAUCUGGAAAUGCAAGCGUGCUUGGUCCUUUCAAGAAGAUGUACACCAUGUCCCGGUACCGCUUCUUCAUGCUCUUUUUCGCCGCUAUGUUCAUCUGGUUCUGGUUCCCCGAACUUAUCGCUUCAUCACUGUCCCUCUUCAACUGGCUCGCGUGGAUCUCGCCCAACAACUUCACCCUUACAGCUAUAACCGGCGUGACUAAGGGCCUUGGAUUCAAUCCUCUUCCAACCUUUGAUUGGAACGUUGCCACAUACUAUAUGGAUCCUCUUCUGGUUCCCUUUCAUGUCACUUUCAACAUGUUCAUCGGUGCUCUGUUGGGCGGUGUUACCAUCAUAGCGAUGUAUUGGAGCAACACGUACAAUACUGCAUAUCUCCCCAUCAACACAAACACCAUGUUCGAUCACACCGGCGCCAAGUACAACGUAUCUUCGAUCUUGGAUGAUCGUGGCCUACUCGAUGCAGACAAGUACCAGGCUUACAGUCAGGUCUACAUCGCCGCCUCAUCCGUCACAUACUACAUCUACUUCUUCGCCGUGUAUACCGCGAUGAUCUCUUAUGCUGCCCUGUAUCACUGGAAUGACAUCAAGCUUGGUUUCGUGUCUCUCUGGCAAAGCUUAAAGAAGAAGAGCAAUAUCAACGAGUUCAAGGAUAUUCACACAAGACUGAUGGAGCAAUACCCCGAGGUCCCAGAGUGGUGGUACUUGAUACUCAACAUCGUUGGAAUUGCUUUCGGGAUUGCCGCUGUAGCAGGAUGGCCCACCAACACCAGUGUCGGCACCGUCUUCUUUGGUCUUGCUCUUGCCAUCCUCUUUACCAUUCCCACUGGAAUAAUCUUUGCCACUACUGGCAUCGAGGUUGAGUUCAAUGUCCUCGCUGAGUUCAUUGGAGGAGCCUGGCAGCCUGGCAAUGCCUUAGCUAUGAACUUCUUCAAAGGCUUUGGAUAUGUGACAGUCGCUCACGCCCUCGAUUUUUCCAACGAUCUGAAACUUGGUCACUACCUCAAGAUUCCUCAGCGCCAGACCUUCUGGUGCCAGACAGCGGCCACUAUUGUCUCCGCGUUUGUCUGUACCGCAGUCAUGAAUUUCCAGAUCCUCAACAUCCCCGACAUCUGCCAGCCUACUCAGAAAGAUCGCUUCACAUGCCCCGGCGUUGAGUCUUACUUUACCGCCGCCGUGCUUUUUGGCUCUCUUGCCCCUCAAAGAGUAUUUGGAGAAGGCGGCGUGUACACCGCUCUACUCGUUGCGUUCCCAGUCGGACUGGCAUUCCCUAUCGUCUACUACUACGCGACCUGCAAGCUUUCUAAGACACACUGGCUUACAAAACUUCAUCCCGUCGUUAUGUUCAGUGGCGGCCACAUCUGGUCUCCCUACAACCUGGCCUAUGUCUGGCCAGCUGUCAUUCCAGGAUGGAUCUCUUGGGUCAUCGUCAGAAAGAGAUAUCUUCAGUUCUGGAGCAAGUACAACUACGUCCUCGCAGCAGCCUGGCAGACUGGAAUUGCCCUCGCUGCGGUGGUCAUCUUUUUUGCUGUGAGCUAUCACGGGGCGUCGAUCAAUUGGAUCGGCAACAGUGCAGACAGCGGUUGCGAAGCCGAGACCUGCACGCGGCUCAAGCUUCCCAAUGGAACCAUCUUUGGCCCUCAGCCAGGAACCUUUGCUUAG